UUCAACUCCAAAGAGUGCACUGACUGCGCCGGGAGUGCUAUUGCCAUGCCAUUUUUGCGGUCGAAGCUGGACAAGAACGCCGUCUACUUCAAAUUCGCUCAUGAAGGCCAUGCUCUGGAAAAGGUGGAGUUCUAUGGCAAAGAGAUUGCAGUCGGGGAUCUUCGGCACUCCAUUGCCGAGAUGAAGAAACUGCCCAAGGUUGACUUGCAGAUUCUCAAUGAAUCCACCGGCGAGGUUUACGCUCGUGAUGGCCACUUGCUGAGCCGCAACAUUAUUGUGACGGUCCGACGCACGCCGAUACAGACACAGAAGAAGCCCUCGGUCUUGAACCUAGAAGGAGCUGACCUCUUUGCACCAGUGAGGAAAAAGGCACGAGUUGUCAAGAAAGUGGAGCCAGAGGUACCUGAGCAGAAGGCGCCCUGCCCACCUGAGUAUUUGUGCCCUUUGUGCAGAGGCAUUUUCGAGAACCCAGGAAUUGCACGGUGUUGCGGACGGUCUGCCUGCUUCAGCUGCUUUGAGGAGAAAUCUGAUGGAACAUGUCCCCUUUGUACCAGGCAGUUGCUGGAAGAGGAAAAGCCUUUGCCAAACCCACGGCUGGCAGAAAUUGUGGCCUCCCUGAACUUGGACUUCUUUCAGCUGCCCCAAAAGACGGUGGCAAGACAAGCUGCUGGGCGAGGCCCUCCAAAGACAGAGGCCCCAUCUGCAGUUCCCGCUCCUCCACUUGCUCAUGAAGAAGUUCCCCACCCAUCAACAUCCACUCCAGCUCCAAUUGCUGGUGCUACCUUGGUGUCACACCCCAAGUUCCUGAAGCUUUCUGCACUGUUGGAAAUCGGAAGACUGAGGACUGAAGCUGCAGCUGUAGAGCUUUAGAUAGGCCUCUUCCAUUGCCAAGCAACAAGGCCCUGCAUGCUCUCACCAGAGCAGUUUCACGCCUGGCAGCAGUCAUUGCUGCAAAGCAAGUCGCAUGGGCGAAGACGUGAGAGACGCAGACGAAGUGAUUAAGACGUAAAGAAGUCGUCUGACGCGUCCAGAGUGUAAACACACGUAUACUGCAAC